UCGUAUGAGCCACUACUGCACCAUUACCUUAACGCUUCUUAUAUAAUGAGAAUGUUUGUGGAGGACAUCCUCGACUGUAGCCUAGCUUGCCUUGAGAACAACCUCUGCGUUUCAUUCAACUUGGCUGUUUUUGCUGAUAAUAAAGGAAAACGCUGGUGUGAUCUCCUAUCGUCCCAUAUCUACAACAACGCUGAAAAGCUCAUUGCAGAUCAGUAUUCACAUCACCUCACGUUAAAGAAUCCUUGUACCGAACAAACCUGUUCCAGCCAUGGAAUAUGUUCGCCGAUUUCGCUCAGAGACAGAACCCAUAAGUGCGUUUGUUACCCGGGUUAUCGCGGCAGUAAUUGUGAAAUUGUCCUAGUGGGUUGCACCAAUUACACUGUGCUGAGUGAACCCGAUCGCCAUACAUCGUAUGGAAGAGGAGGCAACUCGGACGCAUCUCUCGUACCUGGCUGGUACAGAUUUCAGUCUGGUUCAUACACUAAAAUGCUGGACUACUGCGUCAGCCAUCACAGAUGUCGUACAGACAUAACAGGCUGGUUAAACGGGCUUCAUCCAUCUCUCGAGGAAGGCAUUGUUAACAGACAGGCGUGCUUUCACGGGUAUUAUAAUUGUUGUUACAGACGAGUUCAAAUUCAAGUGAGAAGCUGUGAAGGGUUUUAUGUUUACUACCUUAAUCCAUCACCAGCAGGAAGUUUUCGCUAUUGUGCAAUUGCUUAG